GCGGCAGGCCGGGCAAAUUUUGUUGAAACAAGCGAGAAUUGCUCACUUUUUUCGAUCCUACGUGCGUUUCCCGAACGUGGAACGCUCAAAACCAAACGAUUCACAGCACACAAGAGCCGCGCUAGCGAAAAAGCGGCUUCUGCAUUGGCUGGCCACGCGAGGAAAGCGCCAAAACGUUAGUGUCAUACCAUCUACAUACCAUAAUCAUUGCGGCCACGCUCCUCCGCCAGGUGAAUUGGGAAUCGUGUGCUCCUCGCGGGGAUUGCAGCUCAAGAUUAACAGGAUUCGGUGAGGCACAUUCGGCGCCAUGAGCGUGGACACGUACGCGCCCAGCUCGGCGCUCUCCUUUUUGGACAUGGAUGACAACGAGCUGCUGCCCGGAGCGGAUACGCAGCCCACGCAGUACGACUACCGGGAUUUCACCAUGCCCUCCACAUCGCAGAGCCAGACGCAGAACGAUCAGCUGGAGCUGCAGCCCCGUCGCACCGAUCCCUCUUCCUCGUCGGUGCAUCCCCGUUUGGCCAGCAUCACCAAUGACCUCGCUGACCUGCAGUUCGAGGAGGAGGACGACGAGGCGGGAGGUUCGUAUGUCAAGGAGCUGCCGCCGCAUGCCUGCAAAUACUGCGGCAUCCAUGAUCCCGCCACCGUGGUCAUGUGCAACAAUUGCCGCAAAUGGUUCUGCAAUGGCCGCGGCAGCACCUCCGGUUCGCACAUCAUCAAUCAUCUGGUGCGGGCCAAGCAUCGCGAGGUGACGCUCCAUGGCGAAGGCCCACUGGGCGAGACCAUACUCGAAUGCUACUCGUGUGGCGUGAGGAACGUGUUCGUCCUGGGUUUCAUACCCGCCAAGGCGGAUUCCGUGGUGGUCUUGCUCUGCCGGCAGCCCUGCGCCGCCCAGAACUCGCUGAAGGACAUGAACUGGGAUCAGGAGCAGUGGAAGCCACUGAUUGCUGAUCGCUGUUUCCUCCCCUGGCUGGUCAAGCAGCCCAGCGAGCAGGGACAGCUGAGGGCGCGACAGAUUUCCGCCGCCCAGAUCAACAAGCUGGAGGAGCUGUGGAAGGACAAUAUCGAGGCAACGUUCCAGGAUCUCGAGAAGCCUGGAAUCGAUUCGGAGCCGGCGCAAGUGCUGCUGCGCUACGAGGAUGGCUAUCAGUACGAGAAGACCUUUGGACCGCUCGUACGCCUGGAGGCGGACUACGACAAGAAGCUGAAGGAGUCGGCCACGCAGGAGAAUAUCGAAGUGCGCUGGGAUGUGGGGCUGAACAAGAAGACCAUUGCCUACUUUACGCUGGCCAAAACGGACUCGGAUAUGAAGCUAAUGCAUGGCGAUGAGCUGCGUUUGCGCUAUGUGGGCGAAAUGUACAAUCCUUGGUCGGAAAUUGGCCAUGUGAUCAAGGUGCCGGAUAAUUUUGGCGAUGAUGUGGGUCUCGAACUAAAGACCUCCUCGAAUGCUCCCGUUAAAUGCACUGGAAACUUCUCCGUGGAUUUCAUUUGGAAGUGCACCUCCUUCGAUCGCAUGACUCGUGCUCUCCGCAACUUUGCCAUGGAUCGCAACUCGGUAUCGAACUACAUCUACUCGCGGCUUUUGGGCCAUGGACGUCCCGAUGCCAACGACGAGGUGCUCUUCCGUGGACCGCAGCCUAAGUUGUAUAGCGCCCCCCAUCUGCCUGACCUUAAUCGCAGUCAGGUUUAUGCGGUGAAGCAUGCGCUGCAGCGACCUCUCUCGCUUAUCCAAGGACCUCCGGGCACUGGAAAGACCGUAACGUCUGCUACUAUUGUUUACCAGCUGGUAAAGCAGCAUGGCGGCACUGUCUUGGUUUGCGCACCCAGCAAUACAGCCGUUGAUCAGUUGACCGAGAAGAUUCACCGCACCAAUCUGAAAGUAGUGCGCGUUUGCGCCAAGAGUCGCGAGGCCAUCGACAGUCCGGUGAGCUUCCUGGCGCUGCACAAUCAAAUCCGCAACAUGGAGACCAAUUCGGAGUUGAAGAAGCUGCAGCAGCUGAAGGACGAGACCGGCGAGCUGAGCUCGGCGGAUGAGAAGCGCUAUCGGAGCUUGAAGCGCGGCACGGAGAACCAACUGCUCGAGGCAGCUGAUGUUAUUUGUUGCACUUGCGUGGGAGCCGGCGAUGGUCGCUUGUCGAGGAUUAAGUUCACCUCGAUACUGAUAGAUGAAUCCAUGCAAUCGACGGAGCCGGAAUGCAUGGUGCCCGUGGUGCUGGGCGCCAAGCAGCUGAUCCUCGUCGGCGAUCACUGUCAACUGGGACCGGUGGUCAUGUGCAAGAAGGCCGCGCGUGCUGGCCUCUCGCAGAGUCUGUUUGAACGCCUGGUUGUGCUGGGCAUCCGUCCGUUUCGUUUGGAGGUGCAGUAUCGCAUGCAUCCGGAGCUCUCACAGUUCCCGUCCAACUUCUUCUACGAGGGCUCGCUGCAGAAUGGCGUGUGUGCCGAGGAUCGCCGCCUCAAGCUCGACUUUCCAUGGCCGCAGCCCGAGCGACCCAUGUUCUUUUUGGUCACUCAGGGACAGGAGGAGAUUGCGGGCUCAGGAACCUCAUUCCUCAACCGUACGGAGGCAGCCAAUGUGGAGAAGAUCACGACGCGUUUCCUGAAAGCGGGCAUCAAGCCGGAACAGAUUGGCAUUAUCACACCCUAUGAGGGUCAGCGGGCGUACUUAGUGCAAUAUAUGCAGUACCAGGGCAGCCUGCACUCUCGCCUUUACCAGGAGAUCGAAAUAGCCAGCGUGGACGCGUUCCAGGGUCGCGAAAAGGACAUUAUCAUCAUGUCCUGCGUGCGCUCCAAUGAGCGGCAGGGCAUCGGCUUCCUCAACGAUCCAAGGCGUUUAAAUGUGGCUUUAACGCGUGCGAAAUACGGCAUCAUUAUCGUGGGCAAUCCCAAGGUGCUGGCCAAGCAGCAGCUGUGGAAUCACCUGCUCAACUUCUACAAGGAUCGCAAGGUUUUGGUCGAGGGCUCUUUAAACAACCUCAAAGAGUCGCUCAUUCACUUCCAGAAGCCCAAGAAGCUGGUGAACAGCAUGAACAUUGGUGCGCACUUCAUGUCCACCAUGAUGGCCGAUGCCAAGGAGGUAAUGGUGCCCGGGUCCAUCUACGAUCGCAGCGGUGGCUACGGCGGACAGGGUCGUCAGAUGCAUCAGAAUCAGGCGAUGAAUGGUGGGCCGUAUGGAGGAGCUCCCCUGGGAUACGGCGUUCCAAGUGCCGCCAACUCAAUGAUGGGCGGUAAUAACAACUUUGGAGGAGGAGGAACUGCCGGCGGUGGAGGAGGUAAUGGACCCAGCUGGGCAGCCGCCCACCUGCAUCACGACUCCAUUGGCUACAUAUCCAACGAGCACGGAGCAGCUGCCCUGGGCAACAUGCCCGUUCCAGUGGGCAUGUUCAUGAACAUGAGCAACCUGCCGCCGCGGUUCUACAAUCAACACCAGCAGGCGAUUAUGGCGGCCAAGCAGAAUAGGGCCAUGCAGCAGCAGCAGUCGGGUAAUUUCUCGCCGGGAUUAGCAAUCACUGGAGGAGCUGCAGGCGCCUUGGCUGGAAAUAAUAAGAAAUCCCAGAAGACAGUGGGUAAAUCGCGUGCCAUUGGAGCAGCGGAGGCAAGAGGAGCUGCAGCUGGAGGAGGAGGAGCUGGACAGGCAAACAGCACAGCGGGCACUCCGUUCAGCCAGCAGCCUGCUCCUUUGUCGCUGCAGAUGACGCAGCCCAGCGGCUUUGCUCUCUCCCAGCAGCCGGAACUUUCGCAGGACUUUGGGCAAAUCUCACAGAUGGACGGUUUGCUCUCGCAGGAUGUGGCCUUUAAUGUGUCGGGCGAACGCAGUUUGAAUCAGUUCUCGCAGCCUUAUUGAGAAUCCGGCCGGAGGUGCAGCAACUACAAACGAUAAACAGAAGAAGCAAACCCAAACGAAACAACAAACAACAAGAAACUCAACUUUGAAGUCAUCAUCAAGGAGUAGCAUCAGUAGGCGGCAGGCAGGAACCGAGCGAAGAGGACUAUCACGGGAACAACGACAGAUGCGGGAACAAAUGCGACAAUGCGACCUAGGAACAUGAGCACAUGAGCGGGAUAUUAAAUUGAGAUGGAAAUGGAAAUGAAGAUAGAGAAGGUGGUAACGAGAUGAGGAGUGUAUUUUAGAGAGAAGAGGAGAGGCACUGCUGCAGCCACUGAGGCACCGAAGCAGAUGUUCCCGAAACGCCGCGGGCCACGAAUGGCCACUGGCCAUCACGAGUGCGCUCCAAAGAGAGGAGCUCAUCCGUCAGGAGAUGGAUGGAUGGGCCACGACGAUGGACAAACUUCUCGACACGAUUCCCCUUUUGAACUUGCCAACGCAGGACUCGCAACCAGGAGAGCCUGAGCCUUAGGCGCGCAAUGAACGCAAUGAACUCCCGCAAAGGAGACACGUAUUCACCAAGUGGCUUACCUUCCAAAAACCUUCUUGUGGCCUCCAGUGCAGCAGCCAAUCUUUAGCUCCUGCUCGAAACCUUCUUUCCCACUUAACCGAAACCGAAACAGAAACUGAAACCAAAUCAAAACAGAAACACAAACGGUUCACUCACACCGAUUUCCCCACCAUAUUGCCGUAAAUGUUGUAAAUUUCGUACAUUUUUUGGACUCUUUUUUUCGAUUUCUGUAUGCAUUUGUUAAUCGCUAACAAACAAAAACACACACACCCAAAAAAAAAACAAGAAAAAACGUAUAAAAUCAGGACGAAAGAAAAUCAAAUUCAAAAGAUAUGAAUAAACAAUUUUAAAUCGCACGGGAACGCUGGCGGAUCCCCCAAAAAGCGGAUGCAAAUUUCCAGCGCAGAUUGGAAACCGGAAAAUCGCUUCGCGAUCUUCCAACCCAAAUAAAAAAAAUCGCCCAUUUACACAAUAAUUAACAUGCCCAACCGAAAAGAAAUGUGAAGGGUCAACGAUCAGAAAAAAAAGGUUAAUAUUUUAAAAUAAUAUUAAUGCAGUUACAGAUGCCUGUUAAUUGUUUUUAAAACGAUAUGAAAAUGGUAUAUUUUUUCUAUAUAUUGUGAGUUAUUUCUUCCCCACGCGACUCUUUGAUUCAAGAAAAUGAAACAUUUUUUGUUUUUGGAAAUUCUAAAUAAAGAAUUUAAGUUUUCCCUUGCGAGAAACAAAUAAGGAAA